GGCCGUGGAAUGGUAGCCGGGGCUGAGGUCUCUUUUCAAAGAGAUGUCCCAGAACAGGCGUAGUAGCAAAGGGCCUGGCCCUUCUCAGGCACAGCACAUGGAUGUAGAUGAAGAAUUCACAUUGACUCAGACACCCAGCCAGAUGCAACGCAACUUGGAGCGACGCCCAACGGUUCAAGUGGAUCACAAAGCGAGUGAGUUGGUGCAGUUUCUGCUAAUCAAAGACCAGAAGAAGAUUCCUAUUAAACGGGCAGAUAUUCUGAAGCAUGUCAUCAAAGACUACAAAGAUAUCUUUUCUGAAAUCCUCAGACUUGCCAACCAGACCCUUCAGCAGGUUUUUGGGCUGGAAGUUGUGGAAAUUGAUCCAAAGUCUCACACAUACAUCCUGAUCAGUAAAUUGCCACCAUUGGAAGGGGAGCUCAUGAAAGAAGAUGAGAACAGCCCCAAGAUGGGCCUCCUCAUAGCCAUUCUCAGCCUCAUCUUCAUGAAGGGCAAUGUGGUCAAAGAGUCCGCUGUUUGGGAGAUGCUGAGGAGGCUUCGAGUUGAAUGCUCUGGGGAAAAACACAAGGUCUUUGGUGAUGUGAAGAAGCUAGUGACGGAGGAAUUUGUCAGGCAAAAAUACCUGGAAUAUACUCGACUCCCACACACGGACCCACCUGAGUACGAGUUCAGAUGGGGACCACGAGCUGCAAAAGAAACUUCCAAGAAGCAGAUCCUACAGUUUGUUGCAAAGAUACAGAACAAGACCCCCAAAACUUGGAUGAGUCAAUUCAAUGAAGCAGAAGUGGAGGCUACUGCUGCAGUAAAAAAGUAGCCGUUACGUGGUUUUGGAUUAUAGGGAGCCAUCAAACCCCUGAAGUUGAACUGGGUUUACAGCCACCCAUUGCUUUAUAUGGCUGUUGCUGGGAGAAGUGCCUUGAAUUUCACUUCAUGGGAGCUUGGUUUUGUGUAAAAGUGCUCUGUAACACAUUCACCAGAGGAAAAAGGGUUCCAGAACAGACUGAGCCACUUUAUCUAUCAUUCAGAAAAUAUCUUUUGGUAAGGCCAUGUGACUGUUCAAUGGUCCAGUUAAACAUAGUUAUGUUUCUUCCUGGCUGGUUUGAUAUUGGUGAGGAGAAUAAGAACCUGAAGUAAAGAUACUAUUUAAAUAUAUAACUUUUCUGAAUUUAUCUGCCAAAACAGUAUGGAUGUUACCUAUUGUACAGAAAGUAUAUCUUCAUUAAAACAAAAUAAAAAUAAGGGGCACGAUCUAGCCGAAGUUAAGCAUUUUGAUAUCCUAUUGAUUUCAAUGAAAUUUAAGCAAAUGCUUAACUCUCUCCUAUUGGAAGGAGUCAGGCUUAAAAAUCGCUUAGCUUUGCCUGCAUUGUGCUCCAUUGUAUUGCACUGUU